AUGAAAAUCCACCCCUGCUGUGGGCGACCGAUGGGUGUGGCAGGUUGUCAAUAUUCGCAGAGCCACGUAACAGAUACUAUGAGAGAGUCGCUUCUUUCCGACUUCUAUGCAACGCCUGAACCAACAGGCCCUUCGGAUCCUCGUAGUGAGACGUUCUACGCUCUCGACUGCGAAUUCGUUUAUACGACGUGGGGCAAAGAACCGGCCAGAAUCACGUUAGUUGACGAGUUUGGAGCUCAUGUGAUCGACUGCGUGUUUCGCACAGAACACGAGCUGGUCGAUCCAAACACGCAGUACUCGGGCCUCACUACGGAAGAAGUUGAAAACAACGAUCUAUCAUUGGAAGAUGUGAGAGAGUUAUUGUUUGAGAAAGUGAACGCUAAGACAGUGUUGAUAGGCCAUGCCCUCGAGAAUGAUCUGAAGGCCUUGCGAAUUGUCCACGACACUGUCGUCGAUACUUCUGUGUUAUUUUCGUAA